AUGACAUCCCGAUCGACCCAGCUGGCCGCGAAAGCCCUCUCCUCCGUUGCAUCCACCUCUCGAGCUCGCCCUACUAUCCGCUGUGCCAUCUGCGCAACCCACCACAUCAUCCCAUCCCCCUCUCAUAAACGCCUCUUUACCUCCACUCCUCCCUCUGCAGGCGUAUCUACCUGGUUCAAAUCCCAGCGUCGUCCGCCCGCCCCUUCGCUCGAGGAUGCCCACGCCGACUUUCUCAAAGCUCUCUCCUCCGGCUCCAUCAGCGGACUCCGGAAAUCGUACGACUCUCUCCUCGGCGAGAUCGAUCUGGCACGAUCUCGCGGUCUCACAUUGGACUUGGUCACGGAGCGGGCCGAGCGGACUCUACAAUCUGGGGAAGUCAUGCAGGCCAUGACGUUCCUAUCUGGCCGGUCGGACCUGGCGGCGCUGACCCUGUUGAAGCGGAUUUAUGGGGACUUGCCGAAAUGGGGGUUCCCCACGAUGAAGAAGCACAACCGGACGGUACUGCGGGGGUUGUGCAGCGCGGGCAAGGUGGAAGAGGCGAUACAGUGGGCGGAGGGACAUGCGGAUGCGGAUCUGGAGGAUUGGCGGGCUCUUCUGGCUGGGGCGGUACGACAUGAGCUGGACCUUGCGCCGAAGGUGGAAGAGCGUCUCAAGGCGCAGGCGGAAAAGGACGGGAAGAAGCUAUCGUCGGCGGACUAUACCCUUCUUUUGCGUCAUCUGCGCUUCGACAUGCCCGAGGAUUCGACGGCGAGGCGGCGGCUCCGGCAGCUGUUUGCAGAGACGAAAGAGCGGGGAAUAUGGAUCCAGCGGGAGGGAGAGGUGGAGUUGGUGGGUAUCCACCUGAAGCUGGGUGAUAUCGGGCGGGCGGGAAAGAUCGUCGAGGCGUGGGAUCAGGGGAACGAUCCUAUCCUCUGGAACGCGACGCUCGACUAUCGUAUUGCGCAAAACAGCGUCAAGGGCGUCGAGGAGGCGUUGGAGGAGAUGAAGAAGUUAGGGAUAGAGCCGUACGCCAAAGCCCUAGGGUUCCUGGUCAUGUACCAGCUCCGAAAAGACCCCUCGGAUAUCCUCAACACGGUGGAUGACGUCGAGGUCAGGUGGAAUGCCAAGCUGGGCAGCAUUACCUGGGCCGAGAUUCUCAAUCUCGUCGACCUGGACCAGCGGCUGGUGCUAUACGAGGAGGUGCGCUCGCGGGGCGUCCUCAUCGAUACGCAUAUUGCCAAAUCCCUUAUCUUCCCCCUGUGCGCCCUCGACCCGCCCGACCUGCCCGCGGCGCUCAACGUCUACAAGGACCUCGUCUCCCGCAACCCAGUCAUUAGUACUUCUACCGUGCGGGCGCGGCUACUCGCCAUCUACUCCACCCUCUUCCGGGCAUAUGCCGAUACGCACACCACGGCCGAUCCAGACAUGCCCAUCAUGUUCCUCAAGGAUAUGCGGCGGUCCGGUCUCGCCCUAUCCACCUCGGCGCUCACUUCCCUCGUCAUCAUCCUCAUCCGCGCGUCCCCGGACCACUACGCCGCCUUCAACAACUAUGCGCACAUGUAUGCGCUCGAUCCGUCCCUCAUUGACGCCAAGGCCUACGUGGCCAUCAUCUCGGCGUUCAUCGCUCACUCUACCCCCGCAUCUUCAUUCGCGACGCCCGGAUACGUCAUGGAGAUGAUCAAGGAUAUGAGGAAGGCGGGAUACCCCCCAUCUCCUGAGAUCCUGACGUCUCUGCUGUCCAACUAUGGGCACCAGGCGCUCAAAUCCCGUAAAGCCUCUUCAGACCCGGUCUACCGCCAGACCAAACUCGAUAGCCUCCACCGCGCCAUUACGGAGAUUCACAAUACCCUUAAACUUGAAUCUAUCGUGACUCCCGAUAUCCCCCUCUACAAUGCCCUCAUGGAAGCCUACGCCCGGAUCGGGGCCUAUUCGGCCGCAUUCGAAGUAUGGGACCUCCUCGUCGAGCGCCGUCCCCAUAUCCCGCGCGAUGUGGUCAGGCAGGAGUACGCGCCGAGUAUCUCGGUCAUCCUCGAUGCGUGCGGGCGGGCGGGGCAGCUUAUACGUGCUAAGCGGAUAUGGAGCUGGGUGCAGAGGUACAACCUGGCGCAGAGGGGAGGGAAGGUGGAGGAAGGGUGGAUCGAGUGCCUGUGCCGCUUGGGCCAGAUUGAGGAGGCGGCGCAGGUAGCGCUGGAAGGCGGGUACAAGGAGCAGUUGAGGAUACUCCUCAAGUUUAGCUGGAAUGAUAAGGAGGUGUAUAGGACGUUACCGGGACGGAUUAAGGAGAAGUGGCCGGGUAUGUGGGAAGAGGUCAGGAGUGCGGCGACGGUCAGUAGGAGCUGGAAGGCGGAUGAGGAUUAG